ACGUCAGUGAAUGUAUGUUUCAAAAUGAUAUUUAUCUACACAUGUGUAACUUCAAAUUUACUGGAUUUAAAAGCUAAGCAAGGAAAAUGUAUUGAAUCAUUUGAAUUUACCCAGUAUUUAUCUUAUUUGUACAAGUGUCAUUAGUCAAUGUAAAAUGAUUCAAUGUUAUUGUGGCACUCGAUAAUUAUGUAGACUAAGUCCUUUGUUACAAAGUGAUUAAUUAUUUACAUUGGUAACCUACACCUUACUGAACAUAUAGGUGUUAUAUUAUACCUGUAAAAGGAGUAAAUAUACAUGAUUUAUGUACAUGUGUUUUAUGUCUACAUCAGUGAAUGUAGCUGAAACUGAAAUAAUAAUUUGACUAUCUGUUCAGCAGAUGGAGGAAGAAAUCUCACCUGGUUACCAUGACAACAACAGAGCGCCCCCUGCUGGCAAGGUGGAUAUUGCGCAAUUUGUCCUCCAGGUGGAGAGGUUUAACUGUAUGACUGAACCAUUUGCAUUUGUCUUGUAUCUCUGGGAUGAUUUGAGAAGAUGGAGGUACCCUGUGUUAACUGUGAUACUAUGGAUAGUAUGUAACCUUGCCAGUCUUAUACUUACACAAGCCGCUGUGUUUACCCUGGUGUCGCUACUGGUGAUUGCUAUAGCAUUGAUAUGUCUGAUACAGUUACAUACACGUUUGUUAGACAAGUUCCUCCCCAGUACAAGCGUAGAUAAUGACAGUAUUGACGAACCUGUCGAUGAAAAUUCGGCUUUACAGACUGUCAGAGAUUUUAAAUUUAGUUUGAUGCAGAUGCAUGAGUUUGUGGGCAAGUGCAAUGAGUAUCUCCGUCAUUUCUACUCCCUCCUCAAGUGGGAUCAUACGUUGAUCUCUGUGAAAUUUCAUUUUGAGUUGUGUUUUUUGUUACUUUGUUUGGUUGUGUUUCCUACACGGUGGACAGCAGUCCUGUUAACCAACUGGUUCUUUCUAGGAACAGAGGAUGUUUGUCUAGGUUUUAGGGAUCGUUUUUACCUGUUUAUAGAGUAUAUCCAAGGAAAACGAAGUUUAUCUUCUGUAUUUGAGGAACCAGUGGGAAGGCUAAGUAACAGAAUAUACAAGGAAUCAGUAAAUGGUACAGCAGCUGUAGAGACAGACAGUGAGGAAACCUCUCCUCUUACAGACUCAGAUAAAUUAGAUACAGGUCAGGAUGAGACCGGGGAUGAAGAAGGUGGGGGAGAUCAGGUUGUGUCAGGUGAUAAACCGGGGAUGGUGGCGAGACUCAUGGAACUUAAACGGCGUAGGAAAAUUAUCUCAAAUGAAUGUUGUUUUGAAUGCAAGACAUCAUUUUCUUCUAUUUUGAAAAGAAGGCACACGUGUUGUCACUGUGGUAACAAUUUCUGUUCAAAAUGUUGUAAUCAAAAGGUUCCAAAGUCUCUGUUUGGUGCAACAGCACCAUCAGCACAGACUGAGACAGUGUUGGUAUGUGUAGUGUGCCAUAAACUUCUUCAGGAUGAACAAGCUGGUAAAGAGAAAUCCUCCUAGAUGUAGCCAGUUUGGCAGAUGCCUUCUAGUGGCAAAAAUAUUCCUCCUAGAUGUCAUGGUAGCCAGUUUGACUGAUGCCUUCUAGUGGCAAAAAUAUUCUCUGAGUUACCAUGGUCAGCAGUGUGGCAGGUAUUUUCUAGUGGUAAAAAUAUUCUCCUACUUGCCAUGGUGACCAAGCUGAUGGUAAAAAAUCUUCUUAUGAUAGAGAUGUUCUCCUAGUUACCAUGGUAACCAGUGUGAAAGAUAUCUUCUGGUGGCAGAAAUAUUCCCAUCCAGUGACACAAAGCAUACUAAGUGUCUUGAUGUUGCAGAUGUAUAGAAAUUUAUCAACGGUUUGAAGUCAGCAGGGUAUGGGUUAUAGAAAAAUUGAUUACAGAUGUACAUAGUAGAAUGUACUGAAUGUUUUGUAAACAAAUUAUGAAUUUCGGUCUGUUAUGUCAAUAGAGACCAUCAACAUGGCAAAUGUAUUUGUUGUAAGAUAUAAUUGUAAAAGAUUAUAUACCAAUUUGAGUUGUCUUUUAGGUAGAUUUUGUAAGAUUUUUGGCAAAUAUGGAACAUAAAAUUAAAAAACUGCUUUACAAUCAAAAAGUCAUUGAAAAGAUGCUGCUGUAUGUAAGAUAAGACAGUUGUCACGGAAUUUCAGAUAUCAGUGUUAUGUUUUCUAUUAUUCUAAAAUUUUCAGCAAAAUAUAGGAUGUGUAAUGGCUGCUAACUGGUUUAUGUAUAGAAAUUUAUCAACGGUUUGAAGUCAGCAGGGUAUGGGUUAUAGAAAAAUUGAUUACAGAUGUAUAUAGUAGAAUGUACUGAAUGUUUUGUAAACAAAUUAUGAAUUUCGGUCUGUUAUGUCAAUAGAGACUAUCAACAUGGCAAAUGUAUUUGUUGUAAGAUAUAAUUGUAAAAGAUUAUAUACCAAUUUGAGUUGUCUUUUAGGUAGAUUUUGUAAGAUUUUUGGCAAAUAUGGAACAUAAAAUUAAAAAACUGCUUUACAAUCAAAAAGUCAUUGAAAAGAUGCUGCUGUAUGUAAGAUAAGACGUUGUCACGGAAUUUCAGAUAUCAGUGUUAAGUUUUCUAUUAUUCUAAAAAAUUCAGCAAAAUAUAGGGUGUAUAAUGGCUGCUAACUGGUUUCAAUGAUGAAGACAGGAUUAUAUAUUAACAUGAAACAGAAAAAUUGAAUAUGAUUUUGGUUUAUCUUUUUUUCUUUUUUUUUUCAUUAUUUCUUAUGAAUAUGAGCCGAAGGAAGAUUUUUUACCUGUACAUGAUACUAAAUCAUGUCAUUGAAGAAAUAGUAAUACAGUAUAAAUAUAAAAGAAAUUAAUGUACCUAUUAAAUCAGAUCUUAAGGGCAGAUUAAAGUGAUUUUGUGCCCAAAUUUCAUAUUUAUACAGAGCAUCUGUGUUGACGAAAAACAUGUUUGUGCAUAUAAAAAAUAUUGUAUGUAAGAUAAAAAAAAAGUACACACUUAAUAAAUCUAUUACUAGCCUUAGUAUGGUACUACCAGUAAAAAACUGGCAGAUUUUUAACAUUUAUUUGUUAUUGCAUGACAUUAUAAAUGUCUACAUACACAGAUAGUUUUUAUUUUUAGCCAAGUUACCUACUUUUGUUGAGAAUUUUCUACAUUUUAAAGAUAAUAUCUAAUGAUAUUUUUUGUGUGUGUGUGUAGGUGUUCAUGGUAUAUCUUUAAGUUACAUAGAAACCUCUAUAUUCUUACCACCCGUUUAGCUCAGUAGGUAGAGCGUUGGUCUAUGGAUCACGGGUCGUGAGUUCGAUCCUCGGGCUGGGCGUAUGUUCUCCGUGACUAUUUGAUAAACAACAUUGUGUCUGAAAUCAUUAGUCCUCCACCUCUGAUUCAUGUGGGGAAGUUGCCAGUUACUUGCGGAGAACAGGUUUGUACUGGUACAGAAUCCAGGAACACUGAUUAGGUUAACUGCCCGCCGUUACAUGACUGAAAUACUGUUGAAAAACGGCGUUAAACCCAAAACAAACAAAUCUAUAUUCUUUGCCCAACAGCCAGGAUCUCCUCUUUACUAAGUAUUGAAGCUGCAAAAUAAUGAAACAUUGUCAAUGCAUGAGAAUGAUGGAAGGGGCAUUACUCCAGAUAUGAACAUUGUUGUUUCAGUAGAUAUUUUAAUGUGUAUGAUAUAUGUAUAAAAUACAGGUAAACUACUUCAAUUUUACAUCAAAUUUCAAAAGCAUGAUUUAAAUAAUGCAUUUUAUUUACAAAAAGAGUUGUUUGUAUACUUAAAAGCUUCCUAAAACUUGCAGAAUCACUUUAGAAAUUGUGUUUCAGUUAUAGUUAUUAACUAAUGAAAGUAUUUUGUAAAUUUCGAAAACUUUGACAUAAAUCUAAGGGCGUUCAGCAAAGCAAAUAUCCUUCUUGUUCACUUAAUUAACUUAAGUGAUGUUUGUCUACAAUGCAGAAUGCAGUUGGGAAAUGCAUUUCUUGACUGUAUUAAUAAUGAGUGUAUCAUUUUUUGUUGUUUUUCAAAGUAACAUAGUCUCUGAUUUUGUUACAUAGCUACUUCUGCAAUUUUAGAUUUAGUUAGUUGUGUUAUUUGUGGUCCAUUGACUCUCAAAGAGCUGUAUAUGCAUAUAUAUAUGUUGUUUUUUUUACCAUUAAAACAUAAAAAGUCCACAAAAGUAAUCUUUCUGUACAGUGUACAGAGGGCAAGCGCCAAUUGUCAUAAAUGUGUUUCUUUUUUAUAUGUUUAAGUUGGAACCUGUAUGAUUGCAUUUUAAAUUAAAUUUACUCUGAAACUGAAACUGUGUUGUAUGUUACAUUUUAAGCUACUCUGAGUUUGUGAUAAAGAUACAUGCCUGAAACUUAGUCCCCUACUGGUUGAAAACCAGUUUCGGGGACUAUAGGAAUGCACUUUUCUGUCCGAAAUUUCGUGUCCAGUCCAUAACUCUGUCAUUCAUGAAGGGAUUUUAAUAUUACUUGGCGUAAAUGUUCCCCAUGAUGAGACGAUGUGUCAUGCGCAAAACCCGGACCCCUGGCUCAAAGGUCAAGGUCACAAUUGGAGGUCAAAGGUCAACAGGGUUUUUUUCCUGUCCGGUCCAUAACUCUGCCAUCCAUGAAGGGAUUUUAAUAUUACUUGGCACAAAUAUACCUCAUAAUAUAACGAUGUGUCAUGCAAAACUUUUAGACCCCUAGCUCAAAGGUCAAGGUCACACUUAGCAGUCAGAUGUUUACAUGGCAUGAACAGUGUCUGUUUUGUGUCCGGUCCAUAACUCUGUCAUUCAUUAAGGGAUUUUAAUAUUACCUGGCACAAAUAUUCCCCAUGAUGAGACGACAUGUCAUGCGCAAAACUCGGACCCCUAGCUCAAAGGUCAAGGUCACAAUAGGAGGUCAAAGGUCAACAGUGUUUUUUUCCUGUCCGGUCCAUAACUCUGUCAUCCAUCAAGGGAUUACAAUAUUACAUGGCAUAAAUGUUCUCCAUGAUGAGAUGACAUGCCAUGCGCAACACCCAGAACCCUAGCUUAAAGGUCAAUGUCACACUUGGAGAUCAAAGAUCAAUAGGAUUUUUUUCCUGUCCGGUCUGUUACUUUGUCAUGCAAAACAGGAUUUAAAUAUCAGUUGACACAAAUAUGUCUCUGGAUAAGACAAUGUGUCAUGUGCAAAACCUGGGCCUUAGCUAAAAGGUCAAGGUCACAUUUGGAAGUCAAAGGCCAAAAGGGUUUUUUUCCUGUACAGUCUGUAACUCAACAAUCUUUAAAGGGAUUUUAAUAUUACUUGGCACAAAUAUUCACCAUCACGAGACGGAUUGUCAUGCGCAAGAACCAGGUCCCUAGGUCUAAGGUCAAGGUCACACUUAGAGGUCAAAUGUCAAAUUCAAGAAUGACUGUCCGGAGCAUUUCUUUAUGCAUGGAGGGAUUUUGAUGUAACUUGGCACAAAUGUUCACCACUAUGAGGCACCCUUGUUUUUAGAAUUACUUCCCUUUGUAAUUACUAUAAAUAUAAUUUAUAUUGUAACUUUUUUUAUUACUGGCUAUAGGGAACAAUCGAGACCACUUUUCUGUGGUACAACAUGCAUGUUACAUCCAAUUUUUAGGUGUAUUUUGACAUCUCUACCUAGUAAAGAGUUUUUAGGAUUAACUUCCCUUUGUUGUUACUAUAAAUAAUAAUAGAGAAAAUCAGGUUCCUUCCAGUAGGGGACUUUGUAUUGCAUGGCAAUACUUCAUUCAGUUGUUCAGUUAAAACUUAAAAAGACUGUAAAAUUUCGUAGUAAGCUUAUUAUAGUUUGGUAAUUAUUUUUUGAUUCUGUUGCACAAGGUUGAUUAAGGAGUUUGAGUUAAUUGCUAGAUUUCCUCUCAAUGUCUUAUUUAUGUUGCUUGUCAAUACAUGUACUGCAAAAUGUCGGUCAUGUACACAAUAAAGAUACAUAGGAAAUGAAUGUAUUUUUGUGUACUAUCAUGCAUAUAAUAUACCACCGAAGAGUAACACUUCAACCUAUGUCUGCAUUUAAAAACUACAGUCUACACGUUAGGUAUAGAUUUAUCAGUGUAUAGUAAUAUAAUGCAUGUAGACAUAUAUGUAUAUGUUUUUCAAGUUCAUUUUUGCGUAUUAUUUUCUACCAUAUGGCUGACGUGUAUUUUAAUCCAAACUAUUACUAGUCAUGACCUUUUUCUAUAAUAUAAUAAAUGUACAAUACAUUAAUUUUCAUAGUCCAUGUUUUUAUAUGAAGUUAAGAUUUUAUUAUUUGCAUAUUUUAUCUUCUGCAUGCCAGAAUUUUAGAAAUUUUAUAUCUAGUUUAUUUGCAGACUUUAUAUUGCCUUUAAUAAAUUUAUAGUUUUGUUUUUUAAACUUUUAAAUCCUGUUUUCUUCUAAUUUUAACUUGCUGUUUUAUGAAUUAUUUCAUAGUUUAGUUCAAGCUAACAUUGAAAAAGAUAUUCUUUAAAAGUGAACAGUUUACAUUGGUUUAACCCUUACCAUGCUGGACUGGAUUGAUUCUGCCUUUGCGACCAGUGUAGAUCAUGAUUAGCCUGCACAUCUGUGCAGUCUGUUCAAGAUCUGCACUGUUUGCCAUUAAGUCAGUAUCUUUUUGGUUAAGCACCCCUUUUAACAGUUAAUGGUACUGUCCUAACUGAAAGAUGGACAAGUUCAUUAUAGAAAUUUAGCAGGGCAAGGGUUAAAAAAAAAAGAGAAUUAUUUAUUUAAUAAAAUAUGAGGAAGAAAACAGUUUUAGUUACCUUAAUGACCAAGUAAAAGAAGUUUAUUUGACUGUGUGGAUAUAGGGAAAGAUUAAGCUUAACCAUUAGCCAGCUGGCAGCAAGUGAUUCUGCAUUUGCAACCAGUGCAGACCAAGAUUAGCCUGCACAGAUGCACAUCUGUGCAGUCUGAUCAUGGUCUGCACUGUUAGCCAUUCAGUCAGUAUCUUUUUGGUAAGCACCCCUUUUAACAGUUAAUGGUACUGUCCAAAUUGAAAGAUGGACAAGUUCAUUAUAGAAAUUUAGCAAGGUAUGGGUUAAAAUAGCAUACCAAAAUUUACAGCAACAUUGUUAAUUACAUAUUUGUAAUUAUUAUUUGAAAUGUAUCAUAGAACAGUUGCUGGCUGCAGCUACAAGGGAGAAAAUUAUAACUUUCAAAGCUUCCACCAGUUUUGUCAAACAUGUUUCUCUGAGCCUGAUAAGUAGCUAUUUAUUUUGAUAGCACUGCAGUAAAAUGUUCUAGAGGUCAACUGUUCUACAUACAGUUUUGUUAUAGUCAUAAGAAAUCCUGGAGUACCUCAGGACCUGUAUUCAUCAAAUUUACUCUUCAGUGCCGAGAAUUUGAAUUUCACAGUAGCUAUUAUUAUAAUCAGUGUAAGUAAGACUGUAAGGUAACUUUUUCAAAACUGCAUCAGUCUUGCUAAGUAUACGAAAUUUCUGUUAUAAUUAUUUCAUUAAUAUCAGCAGUCCUGCUGGCAGCAAAUGAUUCUGCCUUUGUAAGCAGUACAGACCAAGAUCAGCCUGCACGUCAGUUACAGGCAUCACAUGGUCUGCACUGUUUGCUGCUGUCAGUAAAUUUUCAGUGAACACCCCUUUGAAUAGAUAGUGAUACUGCCCAAAUUGAAUGAUGGACCAGUCCAUUUUAAAAAUUCAGCAGGGUAAAUGUUAAAUUUGUGAAAAUUAAGCAGCAUGAAACAGUCUCAAGCUGUUGAUUAUGGCAAACAGUUUGGAUUUCAGCUCAAGGAUAUCAGUUCAAAAUUUUACAUCUAGCAUUUUGAUGAAUACAGGUUCAAUUCUUACAGUAUUCAUUCUUUAUCAAUGUUUUUGUGUUUUGCUUUGCUUGUUUUUCACUUACUUCUGUACUGUUGCUUAUUUUUGUAGCCCCGACAACAAAGUUGUAAGGGGAGGUAUACUGGUUUCAGGUUGUCUGUCUGUCCGUCUGUCUGUCUGUCCGUCGACGCAAUCUUGUGCGCUCCAUCUCUCCUUAUCCCCUUGACAGAAUUUAAUGAAACUUCACACAAGUGAUCAGUACCAACAGUAGUUGUGCAUGGGGCAUGUUAGGUUCUUUUAGAAAAAAAAUUUGCAGAGUUAUGGGACUUUGUUUUUUUGUUACUAUACUAUAUACAUAGACACAAUCUUGUGCGCACCAUCUCUCCUCAUCCCCUUGACACAAUUUAAUGAAACUUCACACAAGUGAUCAGUACCAACAGUAGUUGUGCAUGGGGCAUGUUAGGUUCUUUUAGAAAAAAAAUUUGCAGAGUUAUGGGACUUUGUUUUUUUGUUACUAUACUAUAUACAUAGACACAAUCUUGUGCGCACCAUCUCUCCUGAUCCCCUUGACACAAUUUAAUGAAACUUCACACAAGUGAUCAGUAACAACAGUAGUUGUGCAUGGGGCAUGUUAGGUUCUUUCAGAAAAAAAUUUGCAGAGUUAUGGGACUUUGUUUUUUUGUUACUAUACUAUAUACAUAGACACAAUUUUGUACGCACCAUCUCUCCUCAUCCCCUUGACACAAUUUAAUGAAACUUCACACAAGUGAUCAGUAUCAACAGUAGUUGUGCAUGGGUCAUGUUAGGUUCUUUCAGCGACAAAAAAUGCAGAGUUAUGGGACUUUGUUUCUUGUUAACAUACUAUGUACAUACAGUCUGCAUAUGCAAUCUUGUGCAUGCCUAAUCUACCAAACCCUUACACACAAUUUAAUGAAACUUCACACAAGUGAUCAGUACCAACCCUAGUUGUGCAUGGUGCAUGUUACAUUCUUUUAGAUAAAUAUUUUGCAUAGUUAUGGGACUUUGUUUUUUGUUACUUUACUGUAUACAUACAGUCUAUAUACAUACAGUCCACAUAAUUAUGCAAUCUUGUGUGCGUCAAAUUGCAAUGUACUGUGUCAGUGCAUGCGGGGGGUACAUUCAUCACCUUUAGUGAUAGCUCUUGUUAUCACAGUUUUAAUGUUGCUUCAUAACUGUAUGACUUUAAAGAAAAAAGGGUUGUUUUUUUUGUUACUAACUGUCAAAUAUAUUGAUUGUCAGUGUUGAGUAUUCACAGACCUUUUCAGUGAUUUUUAUAAAAAAAAUGUGAAAAGUUGCCUUUCUUAAAAGAUUUUUAUACUUUUAUAUUCAAUUUGUUUAAAAAGUAAAAAGUAAACCAUUAGGUUAAACCAUAAAACCAUUUUCAUAAAUUUACAGCAGUUGGCAGUCAAUAGUUUUUUUCACUGAUAAAAGCUUUAAUACCUCAAUUUUGACAGGUUUGUUUCAUGCUAUAAUGAAAUAAUCUUAAAAUUUUCAGUGGAUAAUGUUUUCAUCAUGCAUUUGGGUCAUUUUAGCCAAUAGUAGCAUUGUCCCAAAACCAAUAAAACCAUGAUAAUGUAAUGUGAUAACUGAAGUGUAACUUAUACACAGUUAGUGAUUGUGGUUGUAUUUAUACAGUCAUAUUUCUGUUCUUGCCAUCUUAUCGUUUAUAUAUUCUUACAUUGAACGAGCUGAACGACUUCUACUUAUUUUCAAAGUUUUUUUUUGUUAUAGCAGUCUACCAGCCUGCAGUGUCUGAGGUUAUAAAACUGGGUUUUUGGACCAAUCUCAAGUUUCAAGUACCUGCUUGAUUUAUGUAUCAAUAUUGACCAAUGGCAAAACUGCAAUCUAGACUGGUCUCCAAGCUAAAUUCUGUAAUAUUGGACCCUGGGCUUGUUUGACAAUCAGGUGACAUAAAUUCUCUCCAUUAUGUGACAAGUGGACAGACUACAUGAAUCAUUUGUCCUCUAUAUGUCCGAGUCAAUUACUGAACUUUUCAUUAUAUAUUGAGAACGAGUUACAGUGAAGUGAUUGUUAUUUUAAGUGGACUAAUUUUCACAGAUCUCAAGGUUGAGAAAAUCCAGGCAAUUUCAUGCUUAUGGACACAUAAAUUUCACACUAAGUCUUAAAACUUUUUCAGUUUCAAAAUCCACAAAAUUUAAUGCAUGUUCCCAUGAAAAAGCAAUUGUACCAACAAAAUCGAGUGAUUUCACUGUAGUCUUGGAACAGAAUACUGGAAACUUUGUUACGUUAACUAGUUGAGCUAACAUCAUUGAAUGAUAACAAAUUGACCUGUAAUUUCAACAAGCAAUGUCUACGCAGUACUCUAUUCUUGUAUGCUGUUUAUGCCGACAGUGAAAUACUGCUUACUUGCAUAUUGAUGGCUCAAGUACCCAGGCUCGCUUAAAGAAUUACUGUGCUCCCCAGAUAUUUUCCUUAUCUUUCCUAGUUUUAGAUUGCUUGAAACUUUAGCAAACUUGAGCAUUAUGCUUAUUCCCUUGUGACCUGUGAACAGUUCUACUGUAUGUGAUAUACUAGUAGCUAAUAACAGCUAUAAUAGCAGGGAAAACUGAAUUUAUAGAGAAAAAUGUGAAAGGACAUUACUGUUGAAAAGUAAUAUAGACAGUACUUCUACUUCACUAGGGCUGUUUAAUGUUCUAGUCACUACCUUGGGAGACGAACUCCCAUUUCUCAUACUAGAAGAGAUGUUUAUGUCUUAACAAAUGUUUAAGGGUGUAGUUAUUUACUUUUUUGUAGAAGAUAAUGUGCAAUAAAAUAUGUAUAAAUUGUAAA